CACAUUAUAAGUAUUUUCUUUUCUUUUCUUUUCUUUUCUUUACUUUCUUUCUUUCCAACUUUUUCUUUAACUCUCUAAGGAGCUAUACCUAGUGGUAAUAUCGUCUGUAGAGAAUUAAAGAAACAAUGUUAGGUGAUUUCAUGCCAUUCUUGGCCAAUGUUCUGGUGCAACUCGGCUAUGCAGGCAUGAACAUCACAUCAAAGCUGGCCAUGGAAUCUGGAAUGAAACCUCUUAUUCUUGUUGCAUACCGGCAAAUCUUUGCUACCCUUGCCAUCGCUCCAUUUGCCUUUUUCUUAGAGCGGAAAACAAGACCCAAGAUCACUAAGCCUAUUCUUUUCCAGAUUUUCUUAUGUUCACUGACAGGGGCAACAGCAAACCAGGUUUUUUAUUUUAUAGGGUUGGAAAAUUCUACUGCAACGGUUGCAUGUGCAUUGAACAAUGUACUUCCAGCAGCCACCUUUGUCCUCGCAGCUCUUUGCAGACAAGAAGCUGUGGGAAUAAAGAAGGCAUCAGGGCAGGCUAAGGUAUUAGGUACUUUAGUAUGUGUUGGUGGGGCCAUGUUGCUAUCAUUUUACCAUGGACACACCAUCGGCAUCGGUGAAUCCAGCAUUCACUGGAAAUAUGCCGAUAAAAUGACUAGUAGAAGUUCCAGCAAUGGGUCAAACUUCUUCCUGGGUCCCUUUCUAGUAAUGGCCAGUGCUGUUGCAUGGGCGGUAUGGUUAAUAAUCCAGGGACAAACAAGCAAGAACUUCCCAGCUCCCUACACAUGCACUACUCUAAUGUGCUUCAUGGCCAGCAUUGAGUGUACAAUCAUAGGCAUCUUUUCGGAUCACAGAAUAUCUGCUUGGUCGUUGAGCUCCAGCAUGUGGCUAAUUGCAGCUCUUUAUGCGGGAAUUGUAUGCAAUGCAGUAACAUUUUGCCUCCUCUCUUGGAGUAUCCAAAAAAAAGGUCCUCUCUAUGUCUCAGUGUUCAGCCCUUUGUUGCUUGUUAUUGUGGCUGUUCUAAGUUGGGCCCUGCUUCGUGAGAAAUUAUACGUUGGAACUGUUGUAGGGUCAAUUCUGAUUGUUGGUGGACUGUAUGCUGUUCUGUGGGGGAAGGAUAGGGAGAUGAAACAGAUGAAAGGCAAUGACAAGAUAGGUGAGGUAACAAAGGGUGGUGAGAAAGAUGACUUGGAACUGCAGUUGCAUCCACAGGCGAAAGGAAACCAACAGCAAGCAAAGUAGGAACUAUUUCUGCGAGGCACAAAAGGUUGUGGUUAGAAUCAAAGGUCACGAUCAACGCUUUGAAUUGUUUUAGAAAAUGUAUGUAUCUAUGUAUGUAUUAUGUAAAUCCUGCUGAUGAGCAGAGUUGUACUGGUUUCUUUGCAUUUGGUUUUGGAUGCAGUUAGAGAGUAGGAUAGAUGCAUGAACUCAGAGAAUCAGAAUGAUAGUCGUAUGGUAUCUCUGAUGAUGCAUCAUCAUCUGUUUCAAUUCUAGUAGUUAAGUUCAAUCAAAAAGUAAAAACUAAAAAACCUAGUAUCCGAUUGCGUUUCUUAAGCUUCUCAAAUGUAUGUGUUACCUACUUAAUUUGUUAUGA